UUCUCGUGCAACGGAGAAAAUUGGCAUGAAGAUCAUACAACCGCAGCAGCAGGAGACACCGCGCGCCUCAGUAGACUCAGAAGAUGGCGACAACGGCUGGGGGUCUUCCAAUGUGUUGAUUCAUCAGGAGCGUCAUUCAGCAACUACUAGUACAUUAUCCCUAGGAGCUCAACAGAAGGACGAGAAGAAAAGGAAGCAAUCCGCAAGAGGGCAAGACAAUGGAUGGGGCUCCUCGAAUGUGAUGCAUCAUUCAGCAAC